UUAGGAACUUCUUCACAUCUUUUUAAGCUGACCAAUACGCUGCCAAGCUGCUUGUACGCUCUACAUUGGGCUGGAAAAAAAUACAUCUAAAGCCUACUCCAUCGUCCAUGUACAAUUAUGAAAGGACAGAAGCACGUACAAUCAUUCCUUGCCAUGUAUGUAGUGACUUUAUUGACGUUACAAUCAGAAGGACAACAGCUACCAGAGGAGACGUGCACUAUUCAGAUCCUCGUCCCUGGCCUCAAAGGAGAACCGGGAGAGAAAGGACCAAAGGGAGCCCCUGGGAGACCAGGAAGAGUGGGCCCACCGGGGCAAAUUGGUCAACCCGGGCUUAAAGGACAGAAAGGUAUUAUGGGACAUUAUGGAAAAGUAGGACCUAGUGGAAUAAAAGGCAUAAAGGGAGAAAUGGGGGAUCCAGGACCGAAAGGCCCAGAUGGAGAGCCAGGCAUCCCAUGUGAAUGCUCACCAAUAAGAAAGAUGAUUGGCGAAAUGGACAUCGUUGUGGCUCAGCUAUCUUCAGACUUGAAGUUCAUCAAAAAUGCACUGCCCUCCCCUGCAGCUGUCGCUGGCAUAAAAGAGACAGACAGUAAGGUGUAUCUGCUGGUGAAGGAGGAGAAACGUUACUCGGAUGCCGAACGCUAUUGCCAGAUGAGGGGAGGGCAUCUAGCCAUGCCCAAGGAUGAGAGCGCCAACACGGCCUUGGCGGGCUACAUCACUGAAGCGGGUCUAAGCAGAGUCUACAUUGGCGUUCACGACCUGGACGUGGAAGGAGUGUUCACCUACGUGGACCGCUCUCCCAUGUCCACCUUCAGUAAAUGGAGAAAAGGUGAACCCAAUAAUGCUUAUGACGAUGAGGAUUGCGUUGAAAUGGUGGCUUCUGGAGAGUGGACGGAUGUUGCGUGCCACCCGACAAUGUUUUUUGUAUGUGAAUUUGACAAGGAUGUUAUCUGAGUUGCCAUUGGAAAAAAUGGACUACAAGACUUGCAUUGUUAAAAUGAUGCAAAAAAAAUUAGUACCACUUUAUAAUACGGAUAAACUUUUGAACGGUAUUAUAAAUUCAUUAUUUAGUAGUUGGUUUACACAUGUUUGAUAUUUUUUUCCCCAUAGAAAAUUAAGGAAA